CAAAAAUGGCACAUGAGAUUUUGCAGUGAGGGGUGUGUUUGAAUAGAAAGUGAAAGCUAACAGCAGUGUGGCCGACAGUUCAACUUUGAAACCCCACUCUUCGCUGUCUGCUUGGUGUUACCUAAACAUGGCACUGCUAACGUCAGCUCGAGUUUCACACAUCAGAGCCCUGCCCUGCAGCGCUCUGUCCCGUUUCCGAGCCGACUUCCAGACAUCAGGUGUCAAGUUCAGGCACUUGUUACCUCCGGGUAGCCCCCAGCUCAGAGGGACGGGAGUAACGAGUCCCGUACGAAGACAUAUUAACGCCGCAGUCCGAGGUGACAGAUUCUCCACCACUGCAGCGGCGCUUCGCAAAUCCAGCCAGACUAACGGUUCCUCUUCACCAAGGGGAAGGAGAGGCUGGCUGGGAACGUUUGCCCUGGGUGCUGCCCUCGGAGUGGGCACAGGCGCUCUAGUACAGGCCCUCCACACUGGAGUUUUAACCGCCAUGCCUCUAAAAAUUAACCUGGACUCUGCUGAGAGUAACUGGAAGGAAGCCAAGGAUUUCCUACUGUCUCUGUCCGUGAAGGACAGGCGUGGCUACUACAGAACCUCUGGCUCGGUGUUGCUGGAUGACAUCCCAGUGUGGACACCCACAGCAGGUGCCUCUAAGCCGAGUCGCUACAUGAGGAAUGAAACGUUAGACCAGAAGAUUUCCGUGUACAGUGGUGACAUAACCAAGCUGGAGAUAGAUGCCAUUGUCAAUGCAGCCAAUAAGAGUCUGCUUGGAGGAGGUGGAGUGGACGGAGCCAUCCACCGGGUCGCGGGUCCGCUGCUCAAGAACGAGUGCGCUUCGCUCCACGGCUGCGAGACGGGGGAGGCCAAGAUCACCUGUGGCUACGGCCUCCCGGCAAAGUAUGUGAUCCACACCGUGGGGCCGAUUGCUCAGGGAGGGGUCGGUGAGAGGGAGAGGAGAGCUCUGAGGUCAUGCUACUGGAACAGCCUGCAGACUGCCACUGAAAACGCUGCUCGAUCUGUGGCUUUUCCUUGCAUCUCCACUGGAAUCUACGGAUAUCCACCUGAACAGGCGGUGCACGAGGCGCUAGCAGCCGUGAGGGAGUUUCUUGAUGCGCAUCAUGACAAGCUGGACAGAGUCAUCUUCUGCGUGUUCCUGCCGACGGAUAAGGAGCUGUAUCUGCAGAACCUCCCGCUCUACUUCCCUCCUGCCUGACCCAUUCCUACAGAUUAUAGUGAAGAGGCCACUGUCAGGAGCAAGCUCUGAGCGAGAGGAUUUCUGAGACUCGGAGGCUGUGGAUACGCACCGCCACAUCCAGAUCACAUCCUCCUCCAGAUCAAGUCCUUCUCCUGCAACAAGAUUGCUUCUUUCUCUCACAUGUUGAUGUGUUUUCUUUCUGCUUCAGAGGUAUUGUGAUUAAGGUGGGGAAUGACGUUUAGUGUUUUUAUUGAAAAUCUUCCUAAAUCUGCAUUAAACCUGCGAGCCGCUGCUCAACUCCCCGGCCCGUGCAUCACGUGUCCUGUACGCAUCUGCAUCUGGAUUCCAAUUAAAUGUGUGUGUGUGUGUGAGAAACACGACAAAGCUUAAUAAAGCAAACCACACAG